AUGUCGACAGAACCAUCUUCCACAGGACACACUCCGCCACUGGACAGGCUAGAGAAGGUCCAGGUGGUGAGCCGGCUCUUGAAGCAGGCCCCGCCUGGAGAGUUUAGCGAGGCCUUCAGCGACCUGCGUGCCUUGGUGAAGGACGACGGCAUGAUGUACGAAGAAGCUCCUGGGUUUUGUGCCAUCCACACAAAGGACCACUUCACCCCCAUGGAAGCAGAAGACUUCAAGGUGCUGCUCACCCGCCACAAUGAGCUCGAGGAGAACCGCUUCCUGGACCCAGAGGGCCAAGUCUCCUUCAAGUAUGACCACCUGAAGAGGGAGCCGACCGACUUUCAGGCGCACCCUGAGGAAGACGAAGGAGGGGAACUGUGGAGGCGGGAGCUUUACAAAUCCCUGGAGGCCUAUGUCAAUAACCACUACCCUAAGGGGACCUGCAGUGUGUUCAUUAAGGACACGGCGGUCCGGAGGAUCCUCGUGGCUUGCAUCGAAAGCCACCGGCACAAGGCCUCAGCCUUCUGGAAUGGCCUGUGGAAGUCGGAAUGGACUUUUGCUUUAACUCCCGCCUCCACGUCCACAGAAGUGACCGGGUCCAUCACGGUUCAAGCGCACUACUUUGAGAAUGGUAAUGUCCACCUGUCCGUCACCCGGGACGUGGAGGAGACCCUCCUAGUCACAGACGAAGCUCAGACGGCCCGAGACUUUGCGAAGCUGGUGGAGAAAGCGGAGAACCAAGUCCAGAACGGGCUGAUGGAAGAGUAUCGCAAAAUGAACAACACGCACAUGAAGUCUUUUCGGAGGCAGCUGCCUGUUACUCACACCACCCUCGACUGGGAGAAGAUUGUGACGGGGAAGAUUGUGGAAGCUCGGGCUAUCCUGUGAAAGUGCACGGCAGUAUGAACGGAAAAAGAAAAUUGCUCAAGA